UCAGCUGUGACAGACAUCCAAUAGGAGGCCGUGUAAGUUGGCGAUUUAAAGACAGACACAGUGAGACCAGAGAAAAAGGCGCAGCUCCAGCAGCAGACCACGACUAUCAGUCACUCACUCACUCCAAGGCUCCCGUGUCAAAGCAGCUGCCGCCGGGCGAGACACAGCGAAAGUGAGGUGGACGCUCCACAUCUGUGCCAGAGACUCUCAUCUGCCAUUUACACCAGAUUUGUCUUCAAGUAAUUGAUAAUAAGAAUGGAAGAACUGCAGGAUGUCCAGCUGACGGAGAUCAAACCUCUCCUCAACGACAAGACUACUGGCCGUAGCUUUGAAGACUUUGAUGGGCAGGAACAUGAUAUUGAAACGGCUCAUGGUGUGUUACAUGUCACAAUGCGGGGCAAUCCAAAAGGCAAUAGACCAGUGAUCCUCACGUACCAUGACAUUGGCUUGAACCAUAAGUCCUGCUACAGCACCUUUUUCAACUAUGAAGACAUGCAUGAAAUCACCCAGCAUUUUACAGUUUGCCAUGUGGAUGCCCCUGGUCAGCAGAUGGGAGCACCAUCGUUCCCAGCUGGAUACCAGUACCCAACCAUGGAGGAGCUGGCUGAUAUGUUAUUGGCUGUCUUAACACAUCUCAGCCUAAAAACCAUUAUAGGAAUUGGUGUUGGAGCUGGCGCCUAUGUAUUGUCAAAAUUUGCCCUUGAUCACCCAGAACUGGUGGAAGGUCUUGUGCUAAUAAAUAUUGACCCCUGUGCAAAGGGAUGGAUUGAUUGGGCGGCUUCCAAAGUCUCUGGAUGGACGACAAACAUUGUGGAUACUGUGUUGGCUCACCUGUUUGGUUAUGAUGAACUCCAGUCAAAUGUGGAUUUAAUUCAAACCUACAGACUGCAUAUUGCACAAGAUAUUAAUCAAGAAAACCUGCACCUUUUUGUAAAUUCUUACAACAGCCGCAAAGAUCUUGAUAUUGAGAGACCUCUUAUCGCAUCCAAUAAUUCAGUCGGCACACUCAGGUGCCCUGCUUUGCUAGUGGUCGGUGAUAACUCUCCUGCUGUUGAAGUUGUAGUGGAAUGUAACUCCAGACUAGACCCAACCAGGACAACCCUACUCAAGAUGGCUGAUUGCGGGGGAUUACCACAAGCUGUCCAGCCUGGAAAGCUGGCAGAGGCCCUGAAAUAUUUUGUGCAAGGAAUGGGAUACAUUCCAUAUGUUCAGCUCAGUCAUUUGAGCACUGAAUCAGUGCCAACAGCAAGUAUGACGAGACUUGUACGUUCACGCACGCACUCCGCCUCGAGCAGUGGCUCAUCAGAAGUUUCUCGCAGCCGUUCCCAAACCAGCAAUGCCCAGCUAGAGACCACCCCUGGCACUGCAAUGACAAAUGAGCUCCACGAAUCUCCUCAAACAAUGGAAUUGUCUUGCUAAAUCUCUAUUCAUUUAUCAUCUAAACAAUGGACCCAGUAUACCUGCAACAGGAGCAGCUCCGGAAAUAACCUUUCCAUUCCUUCACAUGAAUUGGUCAAGAUGUAACACUUGCAUGAACAUUCUGUAUACUUAUCUGAUUAGUCUUUGAUACUUAAUUUUCUGUAACAUGAAAAAUCCUAUCCUUUUUGUAUCAUUCCUUGUCUUUAACAGUCAGUUUGAUUAGUCUAUUCUGUGCGAUGCAAACUAAAAUUUAACAUGUUUCUUUAGGUGUUUUAUAUGUAAAUAUGUUUUCACUGUUAAUCUUGACUUUUGAUAUGCUUUAGAAAAUUCAUACUUUUUUUUUGUGUUUUUUUGUUUGUGUUUUUUCUUGAGGGAAAAUGACUGCUGUGUAUUACUUACUGAUUAGUAUAUGCCCAUAUAUCCUAUGUUGGUGUAAUGGUAGUUAAUGCACUAAAUAUAUCACCUUAUCCACAUCUGUACUGUAAUUGGAAUAAAUAAGACACUGCCAAUACCCAAAAAUAGUCUUCUCUUCGUCCUUAAAAAUAGCAAAUGUAAUUGUAAAAUCUCUUGAUACAUUGUCCAACCCGUUAAGGUUCUCUUAGUUGCUGUAUUCUACAUUUGCCUUCUCUAGAAUUUAAAACCCAGUAUUUAUGCUGAUUUUAGUUUAAAGAAUUUUGACCUUCAAACACUGAGCAAACAAUUUAUCACUAGGACAGUAACAAGUGACCAGUCAGACAUAUUUUUACUUUCAUUAACUGUAAUAGUAUAUAUACGCUAUAAUGUUGUACAACUGUAUAACUUUAUGAUGGUAAUAUGGUUAUAGAUGGGCCUUAACUACAAAGUGGGGAAAAUUGUAAAGUAGAACAGCGUGUAAGUGCUGUUUUUAGGUUUAUGGGUCAAAGUGAUAUGUUAUCAUUACUAUUAUAGAAAAUGUUCUAAUAGAAAAUAAAUAGUUCCAUUUGAUGUACUAACGAAGGUUGUUUUUCUAAUGCCAAGAUGCUGCCAGUACUGUUAAUAAAACUACAUAUAGUGAUUUGUAAUAUAUUAGGUUAGCUUAAAAACAGUGCUCGUUUUGUCACCUAAUCCUAAAGUUUGUGUAGUUUUUGUUCUUUAGAUAUUACAUACAUAUAAAAUAUUUAUAUUAUCCUUUCUGCCCUCCACUCCAAAUGUGCUAGUUUUCACUUAGGUUUGUGCUUUUACAGUACAUCUGCCAAUCACCUCCCAUAUACCCACCUUAUGCUAGCUAUGCAGGUGUGCUUUGUGACCUUUUUAACCAGGAAAAGUAUUGCACCAAUAAACCUAAAGGGAUUAUUUCAACUUUGUAUCUUCUCAUGACAGAUAUAUAUUUCCUCUUACUGAAUGAAAAUGUAGACUUAAAUAUAUAACUGUAAGACUAAUUUUCUGCUGUUUAAAUAAAUAUUGUCAUUCUAA